ACGCGCUUCUCCUUUUGAUAAAUUUGUUUCGUAAAAAAUGGGCGACAACGUGGUGACGGAACUAAAUAACUUGGAUUUAAACAAGCAAAAGGCAUGUUAAACUCUUUUCGAACUGAAUUCGAGUGUAUGACAAGUGCUAGAUAGCAGAAUUAUGUUGAAGUUGGCGCCGAAGGGCGGCAGAUAUUUUAGCCACUUAACCCGCAUUUGCCAGCGAAUUCUGCCGAAAAUUCAGACGCAGUCGAAAACACCAAACCAACAACAACAACAGCAACGGCAAUUGAAAGAACAACAACAACACUACUACGCAACUUUGGCUGCCAAGAUGAAGAAGGAGAAAAAGGAGAAGCCGGCCGGCGGUGGAGAUUCUCGCAAGGAACUAAAUCCCUGGCCGCAAUACAUUGAGGAGCGCAAUGUCUUCUGGGAGAAAUGCAAGAAGGAGUACGAGGCCGAACUGGCGGCAAAGACUCGGGAGCCCAUCAAAGUCACGCUGCCCGACGGCAAGCAGGUGGACGCCACUUCGUGGGAAAGCACCCCGUACGAGGUGGCUCGCGGCAUUAGCCAGGGCUUAGCUGACAACACCGUUAUCUCGAAAGUGAACGGUGAGGUCUGGGAUUUGGACCGCGUCCUCGAGGGUAACUGUACUCUGCAGCUUCUCAAGUUCGACGACCCGGAGGCGCAGGCUGUCUUCUGGCACAGCUCCGCUCACAUCAUGGGCGAGGCUAUGGAGCGCAUCUAUGGCGGCCACCUGUGCUACGGACCGCCAAUUGACAGCGGUUUCUACUACGACAUGCAUCUAGAGGGCGAGGGUAUCUCAACCAACGACUAUGGUGCAAUGGAGAGCCUGGUCAAGCAAAUUGUGAAGGAAAAGCAGAACUUCGAACGUCUGGAGAUGAAGAAAUCCGACCUGCUAGAGAUGUUCAAGUACAAUGAAUUCAAGGUGCGCAUUCUCAACGAGAAGGUGACCACCGAUCGCACCACUGUCUACAAGUGCGGCUCUCUUAUCGAUCUCUGCCGCGGACCCCAUGUUCGUCACACUGGUAAGGUGAAGGCCCUAAAGAUCACCAAGAACUCCUCCACCUACUGGGAGGGCAAGGCAGACGCUGAGACUUUGCAGCGCGUCUACGGUAUCUCGUUUCCUGAUCCCAAGCAGCUUAAAGAAUGGGAGAAGUUGCAGGAGGAGGCUGCCAAGCGGGAUCACCGCAAGAUCGGUCGCGAGCAAGAGCUUUUCUUCUUCCAUGAGCUGUCGCCAGGCUCAUGCUUUUUCCAGCCGCGAGGAGCGCACAUCUAUAACACGCUGAUAAGCUUCAUCAAGUCGGAAUACAGGAAGCGUGGCUUCCAGGAAGUUAUUUCGCCAAACAUCUACAAUGCCAAGUUGUGGAUGACAUCCGGCCACUGGCAACACUACGCCGAGAACAUGUUCUCCUUCGAGGCAGAGAAGGAAAAGUUUGCUCUGAAGCCAAUGAACUGUCCUGGACACUGCCUCAUCUUCGAUAACCGCAACCGAUCCUGGCGAGAGUUGCCGCUGCGCAUGGCUGACUUUGGUGUGCUUCAUCGUAACGAACUCUCCGGCGCUUUAACUGGACUUACUCGAGUCCGUCGCUUCCAGCAGGAUGAUGCGCAUAUUUUCUGUGCCCCCGAGCAGAUCAAAAGCGAAAUGAAGGGCUGCCUAGAUUUCCUGAAGCACGUCUACACCAUCUUUGGUUUCUCAUUCCAGCUGGUUCUGUCCACACGUCCAGAGAAUUAUCUUGGCGAGCUGGAACAGUGGAACGAUGCGGAGAAGGCCCUGGCAGAGUCACUCAAUGAGUUCGGUAUGCCCUGGAAGGAGAACCCUGGCGAUGGAGCUUUCUACGGACCCAAGAUUGAUAUUACCAUUAUGGAUGCACUAAAGCGGGCUCAUCAGUGCGCCACUAUCCAGUUGGACUUCCAGCUGCCCAUUCGCUUUAAUCUCAGCUACAUCGCCGACGAUGGCGAGAAGAAGCGGCCGGUGAUUAUCCAUCGCGCCAUCCUUGGCUCAGUGGAACGUAUGAUUGCCAUUCUAACGGAGAACUUUGCUGGCAAGUGGCCCUUCUGGCUAUCUCCACGUCAGGUAAUGGUAGUUCCAGUGGGUCCUGCCUAUGACCAAUACGCCCAGUCUGUCAGGGAUCAGCUUCAUGAUGCCGGAUUCAUGAGUGAGGCGGACUGCGAUGCCGGCGACACGAUGAACAAGAAGAUACGCAAUGCUCAGUUGGCUCAGUUCAACUUCAUCCUGGUGGUGGGCGACAAGGAGCGCUCCUCGAACACCGUGAACGUACGCACCCGGGACAACAAGGUGCAUGGCGAGGUCUCUGUAGCGGAGUUGAUUACCAAACUGCAGAAGAUUCGCGACGAGUUCAUUGCUAACGAGGACAGCUUCUAAGACUCUAUUUCGAUCUAUUUAUCAAAGGUAUACUUAAAAUUUGCAUAGCAAAGCAAGUACGCAUUUUUGUUCUUUCUAUGUAUUUACGCUUAUGAAACCGGAAUUCACAAAUAAAAACCAAAUUCAAAACUAA